AGAUUAAAUUCUGAUUACCAUUCGUGCUCGAUAUCUGCCCGUGAGCAGACCUCCAGUCAACAGAAUGAGGUUCAUUCAUAAAAUAUUUUUCGCUGCAGCGUUUUUGCAUAUUAUCUUUGCAGACCGUCAAGAAACACUUGAUGUCGUGGAAAAGUUGCGAGAUGCCCAAAUAGAGUUCGACACAUUCCGGGAUUACGUCAGCAAGGAGGUCACCGCAGCCAAGCAGAACUCGACCCAGAUCCUGGUGCAGUUCCACCAAGAGUUGGUCCAAGUCAAAGAGCUAUACCUGCAACAGUCCUUCUGGGCAGAAGAGGAGAUCCUCUACCAACUCAACAGCCAAUCGCUGUAUCCGCCGAUCUACGUGGACAACGCGUGUCUGGGCUAUGCGCGUGUCCUGGUCGACGAUAACAUGAAGGUGGCCGGAGUCGAGUUCACCAACUGCGUGUUGGACGUAGACGCGUUGAUUCGGGAGGAAAUCGUCAAAAUUCUCGAAGAUCUACAGCAGGAUGCAACGGUUGCCGAUUUGAACGUACUGUUGGCGAUGGACAGAACCAACAUAUUGACGCGUCCCGAUGAUCUGAUUCCAAAAAUUGCGGACAAGUUGAGCGUUUUGGAGCAGCUUAUUCCCAAAAUCGCACAGGAGCUAAACGUGGCUGUUGACCAGUUUGAGGCUAGACUUGGUGCCAUUGCGAAAGUGUACCGGGUGUGUUUGGUUGAGAAUGAUAACAUCUUGAAAGCUGCCCUCGAUAAUAUAAGGUCGCAGUUGCUGCAGAUUUGCAAGGGAAGGAUUAUCUAGCAGUUGCUUUUAAUUGAAAAUAUGCAAUAAUAAUAAAAAUGAUAAUAAAGUUGC